GCACGCAUCCUCGUCUACUUACGACCGCCCGGCACCUCCUUUCCAUCUCCCCUCAAUCUUUCCUCCGAGACCUGAAGCCAACGUGGCUCGUUACGCUCAUUUACGCGACUGCGCUGUCUAAUCUCGCAUUGGCAAGCUAGAACGAAUCUGGGAUACUCUAGGAAUCCGCGACGGUCAUGUACAAUGGUCUCUCGGGAAACAGAGCGGGGCUUCUCUUUCUGGUCGUUGUCGUCCUAGCAUUCACUGAAGGCGGACUUUGGGUCGCGCGGAGGAGGGCGAACACGAGCUUUCCCGACAACUCACUCAUGUCCAGCGCGUCCAGUCUGAUGUCCUUCCGGAAGGGACACGCGCGGCCAGAGAUCACCGAGCACCCCAUACCAAGGCUCAUGGCUGAGGCGGAGACAAAAUAUCGAAAUUUACUGGCGAAGCAGAGCAAGACGCUUGCGGAGGCUGCGGCAGAGUACAAGCGGAGGUAUGGGAGGAACCCUCCGCGAGGUUUCGACGACUGGUGGCAGUUCGCGCAGGAGAAUCACGUCGUUAUGAUUGACGAGUAUGACAAUAUCAACGAGGAUUUGGCGCCAUUUUGGACACUGUCGGGAGAACAAAUGAGGGAAAGGGCGUUCUUGGCAGGAAACCUGCCCUCUAUUGACUUGGUCAGGCUCAGAAGUGGCAAAGCGACUGCCGUCAAUAUCAGAGACGGGCCCGCUACCUCUGUGGUCAGUGCGCGCGCGCGAGGCUUCCUUCAGAUCAUUGAGAAGUUCCAAGACAAACUCCCAGACUUGGACUUUCCCAUCAACGCUAUGGCAGAAGGCCGCAUUCUCGUCCCAUGGGAGCAGCGCGCACGACCUAACGUCACGUCGGGGACAGACGUCGUCCAAGCUGAACUGAGCGGGAUGUACUCGCCUGACUGGCGCGGUGAAGGGAACGUAUGGGAGGCCUACCGUCGUACCUGCGACCCUGGCACGCCCGCCCGCCGUCUCUUCAGCUCCUUCCGCGCGUCCUCGACGAACCGCGCGAGCCAGCUCACUGCUAGUGCGCCGGAGUUUGUGUUCGCGCCGGAUGUGAACCAGAAUUAUUCCUUCUGCGAGAACCCAUGGGCGCACUAUCACCAAGGGCACUUCUUCUCAGACUGGCGUACCAUCCCCGUCCUCUUCCCUGUGUUCUCUCCCGCACAGGCCCCAGGGUAUUCGGACAUCAGGAUACCGAGUCACUACUACUACGGGCAGACGCGAAGGUAUACGUAUGGAUACGACCCUGUGAACUUGGAGCUUAAGGAGAUUGAUGGAAUGGAGACGCCUUGGGAGACGAAAAGCGACAAGAUAUUCUGGAGAGGCGCAUCCACUGGUGGAGGCAGCUCGCCGCCUGGCUUCGCUGCUCAGUACCAACGUCACAGACUCGUCCGGAUGGCGAGUGACAAGUCGGACACGACGCGAACCCUCGUCUUCGCGGACCCGCCGGGCUCAACUCACUAUGUCUACGCAGAGGUGCCUACAUCUGAGCUCAACGAGGAGAUCAUGGACCUUGCGUUCGUCAAGGUCAUCGACUGGUACAACUUCCCGGGUGGGCUUGAAGCGCUAAUUGCUGCGCACCGGUUCGAUGACGGUGGAGUGAGCCUUGGUGACCACUGGCGGCACAAGUACCUCGUCGACGUCGACGGCAUGGGUUACUCGGGGAGAUUUUUCGCGUUUAUGGAGUCGGACAGUGCGGUCAUCAAGUCGACUGUCUACCGCGAGUUCUUCUCGGACUGGAUCCAGCCCUGGCUGCAUUUCAUCCCCCUCUCGCCGUCCUACCAGGAGAUCUACAACAUACAUGCGUUUUUCUCGGGCGCCCCACCGUCUGCUCUGCAAAUCGUCAACUCGACCGCGCUGAACGCCCCCCCAGCACAGCGCCUUCCAAUAGACGGUGACCGGAGGCUGCGACGCAUCGCGCGCGCAGGAAAACAAUGGAAGCGGACUGUCGGCCGCCACGUCGACAUGGAAGCCUAUGUGUAUAGAUUGUGUUUGGAGUAUGCAAGGCUGCUGGCGGACGAUCGGGCGUCGAUGGACUUCGAAUCAUAGGCUAUACUUAGACGUGUGCACCA